AUGACCCGAUUCCCGGACGCCGACAAAGUGCCCGCAGGCUGUGUGGUCAGACUUUUAAUUGAUGUCGUACUAGCGCAUGUGGACAGUGCCGAGCAUUUUGAGCGGGUACUAAGCGUGGAUGCGCACGCGUUUCUCAGUGCAGUGAUAAACCGUGUACCGAUUGAAAGAAUAUACGAUCGGUAAGAAACAAAAAAAGUUUUUUUUCCUUUAAAAACACAAUUUUCAGGUCAUCUGGUCGAGAGCUCCGUUCCUAUGAAACACCGCUCGCCGUCAACAGCUACCAUUUCUCGUCGACAAAUUUUGUGAUUCCGUUGGGGAGGCUCUACGGCGGCAUUACCAUCUUACAAGAGAUGCAGAGACGGCUACCAGCAGAAAUGCAGCCCAGAUUUCCUGCUAGCGCCGUGGUCUUCACGGCGGUUGGAAACGCUCAUGCUAUAAACGAUUUUCUUAUAGCCGUACCCAGAGGGUACCGACCAACCAUUCUAGAUCCACCCUACUGGGAUCAUUAUGAUAAUUUUCACGACGGAGUUGACGAUAUGCCUCCAGAAAAUCCUAUGGAUCCUCGAUAAUAUUUUUUUUUUUGUUGUACAUUUUUUUCUGUUGUUGUUUUUGUUGUUUGAUGGGUAAUUUUUUUUGUUGAAGUAAAUUUUUUUUCUCAUUAAAAUCAGUCUCCCUGUUUUACACAAAAAGGAUAAGAUUGGAACACCUGCAAGAUUUAUCGGGCCUUGUUCGACUGACAAGGCAUGAUUGAUUGGUUAUGCGGUUUGGUCAAAAGAGUAUGAUUGCGUAGACGGUUGUCCCUCCUUUGUCGGAUCAUUCAAACCCUUUUGUCGCUCCGUCAUAUGGUAUUAACAUUUUUUUUGUUAGUAUGACUCAUUUAAUUGCGCGUCCUGGCACAAGUUCUGAAAUUUCGGAAAUGGGAUUCGUUCUGCCCUACUCCAUCUGGCGUCUUCUCUAUUGAGGCCCAUGGUAUGAUUCAUAUUUUUUUUACGAAAAAAUCAAUAUUUUAGUUUUGAUGCUUUCAUUCGGUCUUCUAAGCGCGUUUGGCAUGCCUUAACAGGCGCGGUUCUCGACAAGUCACGUCUGAUUCCGACGGAUAUACCAGUAUGUGGUAUUUCUAUCGAUAACGUCUUCCUCGACGAAUACUACAAGACGGUACAUCAAGUCAACAUUGGUUCGCACGAACCGACUGUUUUCUGCAGCGGCACACCGAUACCACAAUGUCUCGUAAUUGUGGAGUUUCACAUUUAA